GUCUGUGGUCCAACUGGCUUCAGAUGGUGUGUGUUAUGUGCGUGUGCCUGCCUCCUGAGUGUGAGACAAGCUGGGAUCAUGAGCCAGGGUUGUUCCAAGUGGUUUUAAUCAGCAGCCCAUUAGAGGAGAACGGAAAAUUUCAAACAGGGUAAGAACCAAGUUGUUCCAGUACCUCCAUGGGAAGGCGUUCCCCAAACCUCUGCUCCUCUGGAACUCGUGACUUCUUGCCUGUUACCAGGAAAACACUCACUUUUUCCCAUAGAAAUGGGAAAAUUCAUGCUAGCUUUGAGUAAAAUGUGCCUCUGAACUUCUUUUACCCUGGCAAGACGUGGCUACUUGGACUGCACCUGCAAUGUGGCAAAGGGGAAAGUGAGGCCAUGGUUUGUGGGCAAGUCCUCAGAUGCCGCAGGCUUUGUCGCCCUCGUCCCUUCCUUCUGGCCUUAGUGGUGGCCCUCUGUCUGUUCUGCCAGACCCUGACUCCUCUCAUGACCAGCAGCAUCCUUUCAGCAGUUGUUAAUGGGAUUGCACCCAACAAACUGACUAAAACACAGCGAGGAAGAUACAAGGAGGUCUACCCAAGCACCAUUCACUGCUUCAUCCCUGGCAGCAUUUCAGAGACAGUGAAAAAGAUUGAUGCCUCCAUUCUCCAGUACUUUGGAAGCCACACGAGAAGAGCAGUUCUCUAUGCACCUCCUGCUCACCAUGAAACUGACCGUCAGCUCUGUCAGCGCAUCCUGACAAAACAUGGAUAUACAGUCACAGUCCUUGAAAACAGAAGACUGGUGGAAGAUCUGAGGCUUGAGGGCCCUUCUCGCAGUGAUAUGAACCCUUGGGAUCUUUUCAUCUGCUUAUCUUCCAGAGAAAAUGGUGGUACGGGCUGCUUUCAAACAGAAGAUUUGCGUAAUUUAGAGCUUUUCCAGAAGGUAAACCUACUUCCAGAAAUCCAGCAUUUUCUUUGCAGAAAAGAGGGAUUAUGCCAGAUAACAAAAGCCUUUUCAGACCUGCAGCUCCCAUUUGUCACCCCAGACUGUUCUGGUCAGCCUGUACUGUCAAGGGCCAGCACCACAAGAAAUGUGUCCCAGGGCAGCAGCGCAGUCACUGAGCAGGCACGUGCCUCCCAUCUGCAGCACUGGUGGAAGCAGAGUAUGAGCACAAAGCUGAAUGAAGUAUCAACUACAUCAAACCACAAGGACAUCCUUAAAGCUCAAGACCUUUCUGUAAUCAUCAAAGCCUAUGUGCUUGUGACAUCCUUAACACCUCUGCGGGCAUUCAUUCAUUCAACCACCACUGUCUGGCAUCCACCCAAGAAGAAACAUUUUACCCUAAAGCUGCAAAGGUUUUUUGAGAUAUUCUUCAGAAACAGUUCUCCCCAACAAGCCUUCAACAACAUGAAGGAGGUUAUAAACAAACUUCUACUUAUAACUGAGGUCUUCAGCAAAUCCUCUACCUCAGGACAAAAUUCUUUCAAUCAAUGCAGCCAGUGUUUUCAAAUGCUAACCUUUGACAUUGGAUUUGGCAUGUCCAUACACCCAGUAGUUCUAAAGGUACAUGAAAACUUUGACUUUCAAAUUGAGAAUGAAUUGACUAUUCAGGACCAAAUUUCCAAAGAACUUCUUUUUGAAGAUACAUUUAAAUUUCUCUUAUCUAAUGAAUCCUCAACAUCUAGUUUCAUAGAAGCUUUGCAAAAAAUAUAUGGAUCAUCUGUGAGCAAGGACAGAACAUACAGCAGAGAAGAUGAGCAAUGUUUCUCUUUGGAAGAGAUAAAUUCUAUGAUUACUUUUAUAAAGGAGCUGAAGAGUCUUGGACAAUUUGAGCUGCUUUUCCCUUCAUCUACACCCAAGAUCCAAAUGUUGCUGCGUGACCUUUAUCGAAUGGCAGACCCAAUGAGGCAGCUUAGUUCUGUCCUGACUGUGCAUUGGUUGCUUUCCAAUGUCCUUCAACAGUUCCAGUUCAUGAAUAAAGAGACACAUACAAAUCUUUCUGAGUGCUUUGAUGCGUUUGUAUAUAAGAACACUUUUCCUGAAUUUCUUCAGUUAAAGCAACUUUCCCAAGAAAAUAUGAGUCCUAAGCAGAAUUAUACUUCUGACUUCAGGAAGAAUCAUGAAGCAUUGCAUUAUCCCAGUAAGACUGGAGAAAGACAAUGCAGUUAUGAUAAAGAUACCCUAUCUCAUAUCAGACAGAUCUUCACCAGUCCACAGCUGGAUUUGAAUCCUCAGUUUAACCCAAGGAUCAGAGAAUACUAUGCAGAAGUGCCAUUUGACAUGGUGACAGUGAAGAUAGGAGCAGAACCCUCUAACUGUCAGUGCCAUGUACACCUCGAUGACAAGAAAGGGCCAAGCAUUGCUAACUACCCCCUUGGCCUUGGACUGAACAAAGUCAUCAUUGUCUUAACGGAUGAUUCGCAGCCCAGCCCUGAGGUUGUAAGCAGCUACAAAGUCACAAUUUAUCGAGAAGACCGCCCUAGUCUCCCUUUGUUUGAGGACUAUAUGAUGUGUGGGUUUGUGCAGGACUGUGGCUCCAAAAUUCUCCCGGAAGAGUCCUGUGGCUUGCAGCCUCUUUCUCAUGAAUACCUCUCAACAAUUUCACAGAAAGUGCUUAAGACCUGUGAAGCUGGAGACACGAAAGGGCAAUGGAUUGUCCCUUGCCUCAGCUGCUCUGACAACAGGACCUGUGACUGGAGAGAAAUAACCUGGCAGCCCCACGGCUGCCAAUACUCUGUGCUGGCCAAGCCUGAGCUCCAGCGCUGCGUGGAAGGCAGAAGGAUUCUUUUUAUAGGUGACUCAACUAACAGAGGCAUGAUGUAUUAUCUAAUUGAAAGAGUGAAUAAGACUCUUCAGGAAUGGCAGAAGACUCAUGAUGUUAAAUGUUAUCACAAUAUCAAUGAGGGGAAAACAUUUAUCAGUUACUCCUACUACCCCCAGUUCUGGAUGAAUGCAAACCAGAGGCCAACUUUUGAAAAAGCACUAGAACAGCUGCUGCAGAGAUCACGUCCCCUGGAGAACACACACCAGACCGUGUUAAUUGUAGGUGGUGUUCAGUGGCUUAACUCCAAUCACCUGCAAAUUAUUCAAAAGGUGUUGAACAGGGAAAAUCUAUCAAACAUCCUGGUAAUUGUCAAAUCCAUAGGGAUGGGCUUUCACCUUCCAGUGGAUGGAGUCCAUUCUCUAUCACAGGCAGAAGUGCAAAAAUUGUGGAAUGAAAACUUGAUUAUUCUGGAUACAGCAAAAAAUUUGGGCUAUGAAGUGGUUGACACAUUUGUCAUCACCAUGGGACGUUACAAAGAAUUCCUGCGAGGGAAGUGCGGCUGCCAUUUCCAUGAGGUGGUGAAAUCCAAUCCCUCUGAAGAAAGGCCACACAUAACAAUGACGUUAUCGAGGCACUAUACACUGGGGAAAUAUUUCGGCAGUCAAAGCAAACCAUCACAACUGCAGGACUAUGCAACAAAUUCUCAGUCCCCAUAUCAUGUCCGAGGUCCAAUAAAUCAAGUGUAUUCUGAAAUCCUUCUCAGCAGGCUCUGUGCAAGUAAGAGGCAGUUUGUCAGCACAUAGCCUCUCUUGGAUAUAGCACCGAGACUAGAGAAGUGCCACUGCCUGAGUGACAGUUGAAGGACCACAGUGGAUUUAUUAUAUGCUUCCUUGAUUGACUGCAUGCACACAAAGAGAGUUUGGAACGUAUUUUUCCAAAAACCUUGUGAAAUUAAGAUAAGCCCUGGUGACUCUGUUGUGUGAAAAUGGAAGAUGGAGAGUUGCAAAGGAGAGAAGAGGGGAAGUUACUUGAACUGUUUCCAAAGACUAGAAAAGCUGUAGUUCAAGCAAGUGUGUAUUAUUGAUAGUAAAAAGAGAUCUAUAUAUUGACUUGAACAUUUGGAAAGGGCUGUUUUAGGUCUUCAGCACUAUCUAGUUUUCUAUUUAUAGAGACACUGUAAUAUUUGAAUGUAUUUAGAAACUGACUACAUUCCAUUUGAAAGAGUUUUAUUUAAUGUGGACAGGUUUCCCUUCCAUAUCAAAUCUUUUCUGUUUAGACAUUUGGUUUGUAGAAUCUGAAAAUGUCUAUUAGCAUAUUACUGGUGAUGCUGAGUUUUGAACUCUAGUAUUCUUAGUGAAAACACAUCUCUUCUUUGUAACUUAGAUGGAACAGAUAUCUACUUUUUUGCAUGUUCAGAAGCUAAUAGGGAGAUAGGUAACCUACACUUGAGAUUGAUUGUAACAGUCUCAAUGUAACAUGUAAGUAUAGUAAAUUUGUUGACAUAAAUUUAUUUAUGGUCCCAGUUUAGGAGGGUGUCCAUAUGCAGGAAGAAUGCUUAGAUAAGUGCUUCAGUGUCUACCUUGGUCUGUAAGCCAAUCAAGUACUCUUCCUGCACGGAAGUGCCAUUUCUUUAAUGAUUUUUUAUAAAAUACUUGCCAAUGUGUGAAGCCAGUACCACAAACAUAACAAAAAUCCAACUUGCAAGCACACAAGAAUUUCAGGAUCUGGUAAUUCAUCUAUCGUAAGAAGUGUGUGAUGUGAUGGCAGCAAAAUACACUGCCAGCAUCUCUUGCUUGGCACAGAUAAGACCUUCUCUGAAUGCCCGUUUCAGUUCAGACCUUCUUUGAACUGCAGUUUCAUGCUGUAGCCCAGCUACAUUCCCAGUGUUUGCAGACCUUCUGUGAGUGACACUCCAGGGAGAAGCUGUGUGCUGGUCCCACAGCACUGGCAGCUCACUCAUUCACAGCUGUAGUGCCCAAUGAGAAACCGUGCACAAUGCAGGAUUAGCUGCUGGGUGAAAGGUUAGUGGCAGCCCACGGGACUGCUAUUCCUACAAAUUAUCCAGUUAUGGAUUUUUAUUCCUCCAGUCACACAGCAGGCAAUCAAGGCACCACUCUACCACCAUGCAUUAGAGAAGGGUGUUUUAACCAGGCAAGUGCAAGUCUAACUAAGGAUCUGCUGAGUUCUAUGUUGUGCUUCCCUAUCACAAUUUUGCAUAUAAUCCUCCACUAGCUUCUAUUUUGGGAAAGGAAGCCACAAGUAACGUCAGGGAAUAAACAUAUUGUAGCAAGGAACUAAUGAUCAUCUUACAUGCCUUAGUAGCACACAGAGGGGCUACCCUGUAUAGAAGUAGGGCUAAUAAUUCAUGGCACAACAUUUAGUAUUUGCCUAAGAUCCUGUAUCUACCAACAGUCUGGAUGCUCAGCUAUAGUUUUGUGAAUUUGUGCUUCUUCAGGUAAGAUAUGUAAAGUUAUAAUAGGAAAUUGUCAUGCAAUAUGGAGUUUGGAAUCCUAGAUGACAUAGAGUAUCCUCCAAAAUAGGAUCUGGAAUACCUAAUUUAAGGCACCUUUCUGUAUAUUGAAAAAGCUCCUAAUUUAGAUAAUGACAAAAUUAUUGAGAUAGUAUGAUUGUUUCUGUAUAAUAUGCUGCUGAUUGCUUACAGCAAAUAUCCCCAAAUUUCAUUGUAAGGUUUUCCCCAGCAUGGAGAUCUACAUGAAAAAUGGGUCGGGAGCUGUGUGUAAAUACUGAAAAUGUCAGCAUUUGGUUUUGAGCAAUAUGAUUAUCUAAAGAAUAUAAUUGUAUGUAAAUGAUGUAAUAUAUUCUUUUGGGUCUGAAAAUCCAGGGCUGCAUGGCCUUAAAGCUGAAGGAUAGAAUAUCAUCAUUAAUAUUAGUAGAUGCAAAAUAAAGCCAGAUGUCUUUGGUAUUAAGAUGAUUGAUGACAGGUGCAUUAUAGUUCUGCUUCUGAUAAGAUUUUUAUUGCAGCUCAUUUAAAUCCACAUGCUGUUACUGUUCUGAACACAAAUCUUUUUAAUGCAUUAACUGGGUUUUAUGUUUUUGUUUAUUUUGGUGUUUUGGUUGGUUUUUUUGUUUUUUUGGUUUUGGUUUUGUUUUUGCCAAAACCUAUUGCUGAAGCAUCAGCUUAGUGAGUACAGGAAAGAGCUGACUUAUAUUACACUGUAGUGGAUACCAGUGAUUGUGCAAUUCAUCAGUUCUGGUUUUACCACAAAAUGGUUUACAUGUGCUAUACGCCCAGAUGUCUUAAUGCUUUCAAAAUCUUAAUAUUUUUCAAAUUUAUUAAGUGCAUAUUUUCCUGUGCAUUUUCUAUUUUUUACAUGUCUAUGUACAUUUAUUUGUCUGUACAAAGUCAUUGGUACAAUUUGCAAAUUGAUCUUUAUUUAAACGAGUUCUUUGAAUAAGCUUUUUCCAACACUAUGUAUGAUCCAUGUAGUCUGAGGAAUAAACAAAGGAUACUAAGCUACAUUUUUUUUACUUAACUUUAAAAUAUAUCUAGUAUCUCUAUGUAUAUGAAAGAUGAGAGUUGAGAUUGACAUGCAAGGAUUGCUUGCUCAUAUGCAUUAAAAUUUAUGGAUUAAGUCAAAAAAGGAUGACUGUGUUUGAAUUCCAGUGAGAUCACGUGUUGCUGUCUACAGUUUACUCUAGAACUAUUAUAUCUGCUGUAACAUUGUACCUGAAUAAACACUGCAGUGUUCCUAUA